ACCGGACUGUCCAUAAUUUUAAAGGGUGCCUCGAGACUGUCCAAAAUUUUAAAGGGUGCCUCGGGACUGUCUAUAAUUUUAAAGGGUGCCUCGGGACUGUCCAUAAUUUUAAAGGGUGCCACAGGACUGUCCAUAAUUUUAAAGGGUGCCUCGGGACUGUUCAUAAUUUUAAAGUGUGCCUCGGGACUGUCUAUAAUUUUAAAGGGUGCCACCGGACUGUCCAUAAUUUUAAAGGGUGCCACGGGACUGUCCAUAAUUUUAAAGGGGUGCCUCAGGACUGUCCAUAAUUUUAAAGGGUGCCUCGGGACUGUCCUUAAUUUUAAUGGGGGUCUCAGAACUGUCCAUAACUUUAAAGGGUGCCUCAGAACUGUCCAUAAUUUUAAAGGGUGUCUCAGAACUGUCCAUAAUUUUAAAGAAUGUCUCAGAACUGUCCAUAAUUGUAAAGGGUGCCUCAGGACUGUCCAU